AUGGCGAUUCGUGUGCGCAAGUCCACUGAGGACGAUCUCCCUGCCAUUGCUCGCAUAGCUGCGGCAGCCUUUCACCCGGAAACGGAUGCCAUUGCAGCCCGGUUGUUCCCUGCUCGACUCGCUGGAGGGGGUGAAGCCUAUUCAUGGCGGUAUGCCAAAAAGACAGCAAGCCUGAGUUCCACAGAUGCCGUCAUGGUUGUAGCCGUCGAUGACUCCCUAAACGACCAAGUGGUGGGAUUUGGCCUGUGGGAUGUGUACCAGCACUCCAAGUCUGAAAAGGCGGCCAAUCAACCCCAGUCUGCCGCUCAACAACUACCGCCACCCUCGUUUGACCAGGCGGCUUAUGCAGAGCUGCGCGCUAUUGUUUCAGCCGACCACCAGGAGAUGUUCGGAGAAAGAGGCAUCAAGGACGUCUGGCAUCUUGAUUACCUCGGGGUGGACCCGCAGCAGCAGCGGAAGGGAAUCGGGAAGAUCCUCCUAGACUGGGGCAUCAGCCGGGCUGCAAGUGAAGGAAAGGACUGCUACCUGCUGGCGACGCCUGCCGGGAAGACACUGUACGCGAAGACGGGCUUCGAGGAGGUGAGGACGGUGCCAAUAUUUGGUGUUUUGCACACCUCCAUGAUACUUAGACACGGCAAAUGA